AAUAAUUUUUUGUAUAUGUCUUACGCGGCGGCGGCGGGGGCCGGAGCACCCGCGGGGUCCCAGCGCGGCCGCCCGGGCGAGUGGCGGUGGCGGUGGGUCGCGGCGGCAGGAGCGGUGCGGUCGGUGCGGUGCGGUCGGCGCCGCCCCGCGCUGCCCGCCCCCUCGCUACGCACCGCGGAGAGCGGAAGCGGCGGCAGGAGGAGGCGGGCUGAGGGUGCUGGGCACCGGGAGGAGGAGGAGGAUGGUAGCGGGGAUGGCGGCGGCGGUGGUGCUCUAGCAGGAGGCGGCGCGGACACGCGUGAAUGUGGUCUCCGGCCCCCGACUCAGCCGGCCCGAGGCCGCGCAGCGCAAUCGGAUGAAAUGCUACAGAAUGUGACGCACUGUGUUAUAUCUAACAAUACAAUGUCAACUGGAAGGGUACGAACAAAAAAAAAGGCAUGUUCUUCAGACCAGUCUCCAGACAACCUACCUUUGAGGAGUUCUGGAAGACAGGUAAAGAAGAAAGCAGCUGAAGCAGCAGAUGAUGAUGACGAAGCAUCGGAGAAGAAGUAUAGGAAGUGUGAAAAAGCUGGAUGCACUGCAACAUGUCCUGUUUGCUUUGCCAGUGCAGCUGAAAGAUGUGCUAAAAAUGGGUAUACGUCUAGAUGGUAUCAUCUUUCCUGUGGGGAACACUUCUGCAACGAAUGUUUUGACCACUAUUACCGAAGCCAUAAAGAUGGUUAUGAGAAAUAUACUGCCUGGAAAAGGAUUUGGACAAGUAAUGGUAAAAGUGAGCCCAGUCCAAAAGCCUUCAUGGCUGAUCAACAGCUUCCUUACUGGGUACAAUGCACAAAGCCAGAAUGUGGUAAAUGGCGUCAGCUGACAAAGGAAAUCCAGCUGACACCACAAAUAGCAAAAACCUACAGAUGUGGUAUGAAACUGAACAAUUCUACUAAGACUGAGGGCUCGGACCAGUGUUCUAUGCCUGAGGACUUGAGAGUGGCUGAAGUUUCAGACCAUUGGUGGUACUCCAUGCUCAUACUCCCUCCUUUGCUGAAAGACAGUGUGGCAGCUCCCUUUCUAGCUGCAUAUUAUCCAGACUGCGUGGGCAUGAGUCCAUCCUGUACCAGCACUAAUCGAUUACCUGGUGAAUCCAACAUUGUGAAGUUAGAGCACUUAAAGAGCGUGCCUAAUUUGACUGUUGCAGGGAUGAACAAAUACUUCCAGCCCUUUUACCAGCCCAAUGAAUGUGGUAAAGCACUUUGUGUGAGGCCAGAUGUCAUGGAACUGGAUGAGCUCUAUGAGUUCCCAGAAUAUUCACGAGACCCUACCAUGUACUUGGCUUUGAGAAACCUGAUUUUGGCUCUCUGGUACACAAACUGCAAGGAGGCUCUUACUCCUCAAAAAUGUGUUCAUCAUAUCAUUGUUCGGGGGCUUGUGCGUAUUCGCUGUGUACAGGAAAUGGAGAGGAUACUUUAUUUUAUGACAAGGAAAGGGCUAAUUAAUACAGGGAUUUUAUCAGUCAGUCCUGACCAGUAUCUCCUUCCUAAAGAAUAUCAUAAUAAAUCUGUCAUUAUUGUUGGGGCUGGGGCAGCAGGAUUAGCAGCAGCCCGACAACUGCACAACUUCGGAAUUAAGGUCAUUGUCCUGGAAGCUAAAGACAGAAUUGGUGGUCGAGUGUGGGAUGAUAAGACGUUCAAAGGAGUCACUGUUGGAAGAGGAGCACAAAUCGUCAACGGCUGUGUCAACAACCCAAUGGCACUAAUGUGUGAGCAACUUGGCAUUAAAAUGCACAAACUGGGGGAGAGAUGUGACUUGAUCCAGGAAGGUGGAAGGAUAACAGAUCCCACUAUUGAUAAACGCAUGGACUUUCAUUUCAAUGCCAUCCUGGAUGUUGUCUCUGAGUGGAGAAAAGAUAAAACCCAACAUCAUGAUGUCCCUCUUGGUGAGAAAAUACAAGAGAUCUAUAAAGCCUUUAUUCAGGAGUCUGGUAUCCAGUUCAGUGAGCUGGAAGAAAAAGUACUACAGUUCCAUCUCAGUAAUCUGGAGUAUGCCUGUGGCACCAAUCUCUCUCAGGUAUCUGCACGUUCAUGGGACCACAAUGAAUUUUUUGCUCAGUUUGCUGGAGAUCACACUCUUCUAACUGUGGGAUAUUCUACUGUGAUUGAUACGUUGGCAGAAGGGCUGGACAUCCGGCUGAAUUUUCCAGUACACAGUAUAGACUAUUCUGGUGAAGAAGUACAGGUUACUACUGCAGAAGGAACAGUGUGGACAGCCCAAAAGGUAUUAGUCACUGUACCACUGGCCCUUCUUCAGAAGAAUGCCAUUCAAUUUAAUCCUCCAUUGUCAGAAAAAAAAAUUAAAGCCAUUAAUAGUUUGGGAGCAGGAGUCAUUGAGAAGAUUGCCUUGCAAUUUCCGUACAGAUUUUGGGACAGCAAAAUUCAAGGAGCUGAUUUUUUUGGUCAUGUUCCACCCAAUUCCAGCCAGCGUGGGCUCUUCAGUGUUUUCUAUGACAUGGAUCCACAGGGCAAACAAAGCAUUUUAAUGUCAGUGGUCACUGGAGAUGCUGUGACAACCAUUAAGAAUUUAGAUGAUAAACAAGUACUGCAACAGUGUAUGACUGUACUUCGAGAGCUCUUUAAGGAGCAGGAGGUUCCUGACCCAGUGAAGUUUUUUGUUACUCGAUGGAGCAAAGACCCUUGGCUCCAAAUGGCAUAUAGUUUUGUAAAAACAGGAGGCAGUGGUGAGGCUUAUGACAUUAUAGCUGAAGACAUACAAGGCACAAUUUUUUUUGCUGGUGAGGCCACAAAUAGACACUUUCCUCAGACCGUUACAGGAGCUUACUUGAGUGGGGUUCGAGAAGCAAGCAAAAUAGCAGCAUUUUAAGUAUUGAAAUUUUGUGUUUAUAGAUAUAUUUUUGAUUGUUUUCUGUGGGCAAAACUAUCUUCAAGUUUCCUAUUUGCUCCUAAGUGGUGCUUAAACAGUAUAUGGUACCUGAAGAUAAAAUCUUCAUCUUCCUUUUCCUGUUUGUUUUGUUUGUUUUUUCCCUUUUAAGCCUGAUGAUCCAUAUUGCUGUGGGUUUUUUGUUUGGUUGUUUCUUCGUUUGUUUUUUUUGUUGUUGUCACCCCCCCCGCACACACACACCUUAAGGUAUUACUAGUGAGAGUGAUGUUGGAGUCCCUGGCAAACUUACUGUAUGCAGCUUAGCUAAUGGAACUUUUGUUGGGAGUCCUUUUCUGUAUGGCUUAAGUCAUACUAUUAUAGACCUUCAUUUCAGAAGGUCAGAUUAAAACAAUAUUAAUGUACGGCAUUAAAAAAAAUGCUGGCAGUUAGUAACAAUGAUAGGGCUUUUCCACUAACUGUGCUUCUCAGGUUGAUUAUGUUCAUAGGAGUUGAAACUUGUUCCCAAAAGCCUGAAUAACCUAGGCAGAUUCUAGAAUUACUUUAAGAAAAACACAGCUAUCAUUCUUUCUACUUGCAAUCAGUAACCUCUUCUAUAAUAUUUCUUAUGCUUAUUCUCCACAAGUUGGGCUUUGGAAUAUCAAGUUUGUUCCUUUAAAUCAGACUGCUGGAACAGUUUACAGUGCAAUCAUAGAAGGGUUAUUGGAGCUAAUUAAAGUUUGAAAGGAAAAAUUGAACUUUUACAUUACUGUAAAAACUUCACUGAAAUAUUCUCUGCUAUUUAUUCAGAGAUUUCCUUGUUACAAUAAUAGGGUAAGUUUAGACUUGCGUAAGUGCUUCUGAUCAUGUAGAACAGCUUAAAAAUAUUGUUUCUAUGACUUUAUUUGAAACUGAACUUUCAAAUUAGUUUGGGCUGAGUAGAUGAACUAUCUACUGAUACAAUUAUGAGGGCACAGUGGGGGAUGAAGAACUCUAAGUUCUUAAUGGCUCAUUCAGCUUUCAUAUUUAAAAAAUAAGUAAAGAUGAAUGAGGAAAAAUAUUAACACUUUUAUGAAGGGCUGAAACAAGGUAGUUUGCACUUUGAAGUUUUUUUUUUAAAGUAUUAUUAAAAAUGACUUGAGGGAGUAAUUCAGUAAGGGCUAAGCAUCUCUCUAAUAACUUUUCCAUGGGACAGGGGAAGUACCUAUCUUUCAAUAGAAAUAAGACAGGCACAACCAGAAUAUUGGUUGUAAUACUGUUCCGUUAAAAAAGGUUAUUAAUGGAAAAAAAUUAAAACCAACUUUUACUUCUGUUCCCCCACACUUUCUCUGUAACUUUACGGCAUAGCCCUCAUGUUUCCUGGAAGGAUAGUAAGCACUUAGUCUUUCUCCCCCUCAUUCUUGUGCAUCAGCUCUUUCCUUUUUUAAAUCUGUUCAUGUAACAACGACACACCAAGCUUCUUUGAAUUACAGUGCUUAUUUCUAUGAAGCUGUAUCUUUGGGGGGAAAAAAAAAAACAAGCAACGUUAAGAAAUCCUACUGAAUAAAAGCAUUUCUUCCAGUUUUAAAAUACCUAAUAAUUUGUUUUUAGAUUAGCUAUGAUAUUUGUUAAAUAUCUUUAUUUAAUCUCUAAUUUACAAGGUGAAGAUGUUUAUAUAACUAGAUGUUUUUCAGAUAUAUAUUCUGUUCUGCUUCUUAAAGCUGAAUAAUAUGGGUUAAUUGGAAAAGUGUAACUGUUCAUAAUUUUUCUCUACAUAAAUGUUAAUAUGUACAGUUUUAAAACAUUUUCAGGUGUUAAUUUUAAAUUAUAAGAAGCAAGACAAAAUCCUCUGAUGAUAAAAGAUAAUCAAACUCCAUAUUUUGCUUUUGGGAAUCAUUUGCACUUUGUUAAUUUCACAUAUUACAGGUGAGUUUAUAACAUAACUAGUAAAGAUUACAGGAGCUGCACAUUUGAGUUCCCUGUUUCUUUCCAAGUUUACCAUAGAUGACAAAAUUAACAGGAGUGCAGCUUAGGAAGGUGGUAAAAAGCUUAUUUUUACAAGCCCAAAACGUUAAUUAUAUUUAAUGGCUGCUCCAGCUGACGUUGGUUAGAACUUCAGUCAACUUUAUAACACAUAGACACAUUAAAUUUUAAGUACGAUCUGUCUGGAAAGUCAAGUUCAGCUUCCAUUUCAGCAAUCCAUUGACGUUUGUAUGCACACGCUUUAUUUCAGGCAUCUGCUUCCAUGCUGUUAAUUUGUACUUUGGGAUUUAUAUGUCUCCAUGACUUAUGAGGUAGAUAAAUGCUAUACUCUAAAGAAUAGAGAUGGACAUGAACAAAUAUUCUGUUAUAUGUGGCUUUAGCUGCUGCAUACUUCUUAUAGCACUAAAAAAGGAUAAUAAAUGAUAAAUUUACCAAUGGUCUAGUCUAUUAAAUAUUUGUAUAUUACUUUGGUGCUAAAAGGCACUUAAACUGUAUUGUGCUGCACUUAAGUUUGGGGAGUAAAUAAAACGAGUAUGUUGCAUUUUAAUUUACGUUCGUUUAAAAUGUAUAAGAACAUCAGGCUGGUUCUGAGACUUCAUUCUUUAAUUAAUGUUUCCAAAUUUUUUAAAUACCUAUGUCAAAUUUUAUUUCAAGCAUGUAUGUGUUUUUACUUUUGUGUAUAAUUUAUUCCCUGAAAAUAAAGAACUGGGGAAUGUUUUGAGUAAUUUGUUUAAAUGUUAUCAAAAAUAUUUGAAUGCAGAGCAUGAUCUGUUCCACUUCAACUCUUCUGUGUGACUAUGCUACGGCAGCAGAAUAAAACUGGAAAGUAUUCAUAGGA